AUGGCGGAAGACUCACGGGAUACACAAUCUCCAAAAAACGACACAUCCAACGUCCCUCAACAAUUUGCGCCCACCAAAAAACCAAAACAUGAGUUCCCCAAGUCGCAGGUUGGAAAACUGUGGGAGGAGUUUGGAAACCCAGAAAAACCCAUCAAUCUGAUUCCCGGGGCUUAUGACUCGGCAGGAGGAAAGCCGAAGCAUGUGUCAUUUACAGAUGCCUUCAAGGGGAUGUCAUUAGAUGGGUUACUAUCGUUUUACAAAAUCCCUUGUGCGCGCGAUUCUCUCUUGGUUGGCAUUGGCACCGGUUUUGGCGCCGGCAGUCUCAAAGCAGUUCUUGGUGGAUUGCGGGCAGCAUGGCCAGCGUGCAAUUGGGCUGUGGGAACCUUCACCGUUACGUCGAUCGCGAUGUAUGAAUUUUGCCAGCGACGGAGAGUCCAAGAACGUGAUGGGAUGAAGGAGGCAGUAGAACUUAUGCGGGAUCUCAAAAUUAAGAAAUUACGAGAACGAGAGCGGGCGAAAGCGGAUGCAGAAGCAGCGGCGGCAGCAGCAGAAGAAGAACGGCGGUCGAAAAGCUGGACAAAUUUGUCAAACUACAAGUUCUGGUAG